AUGGUUGUUGGAUCAUACACGUUGAAUUUUAUAGGUGAAUCUAGAACUAUUCAUAUUGGGUCAGGGUGGACUAAUACGGUGGUUAGUAAUAAUGUGCAUGUCAAGGAUCUUGUGGCGGUUUAUCAGGUGAAUAGAGUUUUGUUACUAAAGGCAAUCUUUGAGAGUGAUGUUCCUAUUCGGGCGCCAUCUCCGGAGGUGGUGUCAGAUGUUGCUCUGGUGGUUGAUGGUCCAGAUGAUGAUGGUGGAAAGGGUAAAGGGGAGGGUUUGGGUUCAGGGCCUUUGUUUACAUUGUCAUCUUCUUGUUGGGUUAUUGGGUGGAAUUGUUGA